GCUUUGGUUAACUGACAGUAGUUCUGACUCACACCUUGGUCGCGCUGACAAGCUCUCCGCGAGCCUGAGGUGUUGUGACGGAGUCCUGCACUUUAGCCGUCUGGUCUGUUUCAGUACCUUUCGUAGUUUAAAGUGAUUCAAGAGCUUCAAUUAUUACCCGACAAUAAACAGAACAAGUGCUUAGUCUUUCCUCUCCUCCUAGUUAGUCAGCACCGGUUAACCGUUUGCGUCCGAAUAAGCUCGUCUUUGCGGUGUUUUUCCAGGGUAGCCUACAGUUUUCACUGGAGACUGGAGCAGUAGAAAAUCCUGUAAGGAGACCCGGAAACAUCGACACCUGAGUCUUGGGAAUUGUUCAAGGUAAGCCCGCACACCUGAAGGAGAAAGACACUGCGGUGUCAAUCACUGAUCGUCGGACUAAUGUCAACACAUUUAUACACAGCAUUAGAUUGAGCACGACAUUAUGAGAGACCAUUUUGACCUUUGACUGCUAUUUAUGUGUGUUUUCAAAUUCUUUUUAAUAGUUUCUUAGAGGAAGUGUGAGUCUUUAACACACCUUGAAGAGCAUCAAGACUGUUCGCUGAACGACCACAAAUGCUGUCCAACCUCAAAUGAUGCAGAGCCAUUAGUAAAUAUGAUUUCUUUAUAUAAUUUUGAGCACAUAGGUAGCCUAUCAGAGAAAACGCCCCUUAUGCCAUGGAUAUCUUGAAUUUUUGACUUUAUGAUUCCAAUAACUACAGGUGUGGUAUCGAUAACUACCCCUGUAUGAGAGCCUCUUCCAUGUUGGUACCAGCACUGUAACACUGCCAAAGCCUGCACCUUGUUGGUUUUGGUGGUUACUUUGUUGUCUGCUUUCUUUAAUUUGGUCAAAGUCUCUUUUACAGCUACUUGUGUUUAAACAUCCCUCAGUGUUCCUCAUUUUUCCUCAGUUUUUCACCUCUUCUCUUCUUUUUUAUGUUAACUGAUCAGCCAUGAACCCCAAAUCUUAAGUUUUGUGUUCUCCAAGUGGAUUGAGAAAAUUAUUGAAAAUAUCGUAUAUGUUGUUAUACAGAUGCCAUUAGAAAACAACAUUUUGCCAUGUUGUCAACAGGAAGAGCAGAAAUCAUAAACUUUAUAACUGCCAGACUCCGUCAUGCAGAUUGACUUCAUUUGAUAUGUCUUGUCCCUGGGCUUGCUUUUACUGUUCAGAAUUAUAAUUGUUGUCAAAUGGCUUUCAGUCAAUCAGAAUUAAAUGUAUAACUCAGCCUGUCAUUAGAAAGACAGCUGGGUAUUCAGUCUUUUUAAUACAUUUAUACAAAUUGUAUUACAUUUGCAGCAGCUUCAUAGAUUAAGCUUUAAUGUUUUAUUGUCAUUUUCACAUGUAGUUUGAUAAUGUGCAUAUUUGUUUUUGGGGGGUCAUGAGUGGAACCUUGCAGUUGAUUGUGAAGUCUUAUGUAUUGCACUCUUCUCCUCAUCAUCCAUUUUGUAUUGAAAGAUAGGUAUAGUGCUUGGUUUACUCUGGUCUUACAAGGCAGACAUCAAGUGCAGAAGUCAGCUCUUCAUGCAUCCUCUGUGUUUUUUCACGGCUGUGUAUUGUGGUUUCCUGGCUGUGCUUAAGUGUACAAUCAAAAGACUUCACUCAGGUAAAAAAAAAGCUAUGUGUGAAAAGUCUCACAGUAUUUAGGGCAUUGCCCAUGUUGAAACAUUUGUGAACCGGCUAAUGCAGAUGGAGGCUCUUGAUGUUGCAAAUGUCAAAUGAGGGAAUUUCUGAAAAGCUGUCUCCCUUUACAUGCAAAUGUUGUGUGAUUGUGUGACUCAUGAAGAAACGUAUGCAUUUUUCAUAAUGAGGAAGAUAAAGCCCCUAAUGGCAGACUAAAACCUCGUGACCUGUACCUACAGCCACACUGGGGGUGAUUUAAGCUUAAUAACAUGCAGGCUUUUGUCUGUGCAUGUGCAUGAGUGUGUGUGUUGUUUUAUUGAUUUAUUCAUAGCCCCAGAGGACAUAUCUGCAGCAUUCCACCUGCUCCUCCAAUUUCCUCACAGAGGACCUGAAUACACAGAUAAAAGUAGACAUACAUGCUCCUGCAGACAUCAUUAUAGUGCUUUCACAAAGAAUUCAAGGUCCUCACAUUCAUGUAGCCCAGGGAAAAUUCUUUCAAAGCCACAUUACAUCUUGUCUUGCACUUCACCUUGAAACCACUCUGUGCAGACAUCUUUGAUUCUCAUUCCUGCUUUGACAAAGCUCUGUUGGGUUUUUGUUGUGGCAUUUGUUGCUUUGCAUGAGAAAAGAAAGCUCAAAGUUAUGAUGUAUACUUCUGAUGAGUUGUUUUGAGUCUCUCAGAGGCUUUUGUGGUAUAAUUAGGAGCCGGUCUCUUUUUCACAAACACGUCCUAAGCUGCAGCCACUGCAUGCUGUAAAUUCAGCUGUUAGAUAGCAUGUUGUAGAAGGCAAGUUGUUUCUUGUUUUGCAAUUAAAGACAACAAAUCCAAAUCUUAUCAAGUUGACAUGUUGGCAACAGUGCAAAACAUUGUGGCACUGUGUAAUCUUCCCACAGAAACUUGGGCAAAAAGACAGCUGAAAAACAGACUUCUUCAGAUUCCUCAUCCUUUAAUAUUUUGCUGUUACUGUACACAUGUGCAUGGAUUAUAUGCUUACUUUUGAAGAUAAUCCAAGUCCAUUAAAACACAUUUGAAAUGUUCAAGCUCAAUUGAUGUAGAAUGUUUCAGUUUUAAAUUGUCUUGGUGGUCUAGCUCUUCAUAUCUUGUCAUGGUAACUGUCUCAAAGGUUGUCUUAGCUGUUUGGCUGUAAGUUUGUGUCUGCAUGUCUCUGGUUCAUUGGCUUAAACAGCCUCCAAACCAGCCAGCGAUCUUUGACCCUUAUUCAAGCAGGCUGUCACUUCAGCUCUAAGACCCGACAACAAAGAGCCGCUUUUGUUCUUCAGAUAACUCUCUCUUGCACAUUCUUUGCUCCGUCACUCUGUAGCUAGCAGAGUAGUGGGGUGAUGCAAAGUGAGACUGUUACAGGGUAAAACCACAAAUUCAACACACUCUGAAACUGGGUUUAAAAAAUGAUGUCAACUUUUCCUUAUUUUGGUGCUGUAAACUGAGUUUACUGUUCUCUAAGAUUGGGACAAAAAUGGGAUUAUAAAGAUAAAAGUGAGAUGAAAAUAAUGCCAGAUACAUGUCACAAAAAAAAGUAAAAUUCAGGUGCUUCGAAAAAUAGGACAGGAAAUGGUUUUGUCAGGUGGUGUUUUCUACUGUCUUAAGUGUUGUAUGCCACAGGUUUGAAGCUACGUAAAGAGGUGCAGCAAAGUCAAAUUAGCCUUAAAGCACAUUUCAAAUCAAUUCUUAAAAAUGUUUUUUCAACCAGAUGAAAAGCUGACUUUGUGAGGGAGUUGCCGUCAAAUCUGACAGUAAUACAGUCAAGUCUCAUAAUUUAUAAAAGUUAAGUUGACACACUCCUAAACUGUAAGACUGAAUAUGGGGUGUAACCACAGAUCAAAAGUUGAACCCCCCUACGUACGGUUUUUGGCAUUUAAAAUGUGGCAUUGAAUAUGUGAAUCCUUCUCUCUUGUUUUUAUUUUAUAAAUAAACCUGUUUUGAUGUAAAGCGAAUUUAAAACAGACUCAAUAAAAAUAUCACAUUUAAAACCAAGUUUUUGAAAUGUAUUUCUGUUGACUUCUAGGUUCCCAUUGUGCUCUGACACAUUCAUUCUCUAGAAUUAUGUUUUUAAAGGUGCAGUGUGUAGCAUUAGGCAGAACAGACUUGAUAGAAAUGUUAUCUAUUAUUUGUGAGUAUGUUCAAGCCAGUGUAGGACCACCUGAAAUUUCAAAGUGUUUUUGUUUUUGUUCACUCUUGAUGAGGUUUUUAGAUCUAUACAGGAGGGGGUCUCCUAACACGGAGGCUGCCAUCAUGCAAUGUGUGUUUGACAGCAACACAACCUUUAUGUCAGUCAUUUUGGUCACUGUGUCAGGUUUUAUGAUCACAAAAUCAUGCCAUGACUUGACCGACUCAUAUGACAGACUGCAUUUAUACACUAUCAGUCAUUAAAACGGACAAGAAGAUGUUGGAAGGAAGAGGGACAGGGCUAGACGGCACCCGGAAAUGCUAAGAGCAGUUAUUCACCAGAUUGCUGUAGCCUCUCUGUCAUUUUCUUAUAGCGUUUCUCUUUUUCAGUCUGUGGUAAUGUAUCCCUGGACAACACAUGAAGGCAAGGAUGUGUUUGCCUGAGCAUUAAAACCUUUCCUCUGAUUGUUAAAUCUCACGGCACCAUCUUCAGCGCUCCUCUUUGUCUCAUGCUUUGACAUAUUCAUGCCGGUAACUUGAGUGUGUGCAAAGCGCUCUUGGUUGGUAUCACUCAUGUGAGGGAGUGAAUCACAGAUGACAGAGAGGACAAUCUAAUAACUAGUCUUCCUGUAAGACUAGUAAGACGAACUAUAACACUAUUGAGUCCAAACAAUCAAUCCUGAUGAUGAGUGUCAAAUUCAUAAAAAUAAUCUAAAAUCUGUCUGAAAAAUAACCUUGAGAUUAGAUUGUGCUUUUAAAAAUGGCUGUUAUUGUUAUUUAACAGUACUAUUUCCUAAAACACAGCAUAAAAACAACCAUGUGAUAUUGGCAUUACACUGUAUAUUAGCAUGCUCUGUAGAUAUUGGCAGUGGUAUCAGCUAGGGCUGAAACGAUUCCUCGAAUACCUCGAGUACCGUGAUUACAAAUAAUGAUCGAGGAAUUCUCUCUGCCUCAAGUACUCGUUUACAGGCUCAAAUCGUCACUGUUUCACACGGAUUCUUUUGAAGGUGACACAAUGCGCUUACGUCACCACAGUAGAAGGAGGAGUAAGCGCUGUUUAGGUUUUGCGGCACGGAAAAAAAAAAUGAUGAGAGGGGCUUUUCUUGCAGUGUUGCCAACCUAGUGACUUUACCGACUUUUCAGACUCCCCUGGCGAAUUAUUUUCGAUAAGGGCCUAGCUACAAAUCUUGCAACUUUUUCUGUAGUUUAGAGACUCAAACACGAAAGCAGGUUUCAUUACUACUCUUUGAAAACACAGACACAGACAGACACCCCAAAAAAGACUUCUCCUCCUUCUAAUUCUCAGGGGGGAUUAUGCAAAUUAGGCGAUGACGUCAUCUGGCAACUUCUAGCUACUUUUAUGACAGCCACUAAUGACUUUCUUCACUGAGGAGUUGGCAAUACUGUUUUCUUGUGCAGAGCUCCAGUAGCUCAUUAGCACUUAGCCUCUGAGUUGUGGGUGGGGACAGCGCUGCUCUGCACACUUCUCUUCACGCUAUCUUGUAGCCUAUCAUUGCUGUUUUCAAAGCAGACGCAGGUAAUAUAGGAGCUAUUCAGCUCUCGGAAACUAAUGUCUUUAGGGACAUGAUGAACGUUAAUAUCGUAAUUAGCUUUCUUACGAGCAUUGCAAUCUGCUAACGCACAAGCUUGUUCCGCGAUUGUCCUCUAUUUCUCCGAGUCUGGCCUUUAUUGCGGGGUUAUAGGAAAUCUAACUUUAUGUGAGUCUGCCGUUUGGGUCCAAUUACUCGAGUAAUCAAUAGAAUAUUCGGUAGAAUACGCCAUUACUAAAAUAUUCAAUAGCUGCCGCAAUAGUAUCAGCCACUGAAAAACCUAUAUUAGUUAACUACUGACCUUCAUUACCUCUUCACUGACAGAGGGGAGGCGUAAGUAAGGGAGCUUUCAGCCAGAUAUUCCCAUUUGUACAGACUGCACCUUUAACAUAAAAAGUUUCCUACCAUCAAUCUGAUCUUGAAAAACAAAAUUAGCAGAUCUUUUUGGGCUGAAAGCUUUCUUAAAGCAAGUACUGGUAUCCCAAGCCCACUCAUCAUCAUCAUCAUCAUCAUCAUCAUCAUCAUCAUCAUCAUCAUCAUCAUCAUCAGGCUACUCUGCUUAUGGUCAGCAUGCAUGUGUGAUCUGUAUUGUAUUUAUUCAUGGGUUUCUGCUUGUUAGUGUGCUGAGAAUUGCUAGAAGUCUGACUCAUAUUCAAACAAUGGAAAGGAUUCAAAUAUGAAGAAUAUUAGUCAUGAGUGUUCACAGCCGUGACACCAUUAUCAUCAACAAAAAUGUCAUAAAUGGUUGUUUUGAUGGAUGUCAAAGGCAAUAGAUCACCAAAGUCUGCUAGCCUCAUCAUACCAGAGUCAUCAAUGUCGAUGUAAAAUAUUUCCUCUGUCUGUUAGGCUCGUCAGGUGUUGUGGCAUCUUGAGACAACCACAGUAGAUCUUUGAAACCUGCUGUCUGUCACAUUAUUUUGUCUACAGCAUUGUGUGUGGGAUCAAACUAGUCUUGUGAAGAUGAUUAAUAUUGAAUGUGACAGAGUGAGUCAGACCCCCAUGAGAUGCAGAGAUGGGAAUACACAGAAAUUUUACUGGAAGCGUGAAGCGACAAAGGGGGAGGUCAAAUGAGGUCAAAGGGGCCAGUCUUGUUCAGACAUGCGUGGGCUUUCAAAGGCGACUGUGUUAUGCAUGUGUGUCAACCUGCAUGUGUGUGUGCAGAAGUGAGCGCAGCGGAGCAACAAGUUUCAUGAUGACUGUAGGCUAGGUGCUGAAAAAUGAGAAAUGCUGAAGUCUACGCUGUGAGAGCAACAUGUUCAUGCACACACACUUCCAGGCCACUCUUUGUCAAGUGCUUUCGUUCUCUCUCUCUCUCUCUCUCUCUCUCUCUCUCUCUCUCUAUCACACACACACACACAAGAGCUAGGAAGUGAAAGAAAGGGGAAAUUCUUGUGCUGAAUUGAUGCCUGGGCGCCGUGCGGGGACAAUAGAGAGGGUGUGGGGGCAGAAGGAGAGAUAGUUUACAUGUCGAGCCAUUUCAACAAGAAGAAAGGUGGUGAGAUAAAGACGGUUUGAGCUUUAAAAGAGGAAAUAAGCCCUGUUGUCAGGCCCCUUACAAAGAAAAUGACAUUUUAUAUGAAUGUGUCCCCACAACACACCCUGUUCCUUUUGCAAAACAUUUGGAAGCACAUAUCUGAUUUGCACUCAUGCACAUUUACAUAUAUUUGAUGUUAACUUGUGGAAAUUUUCGUGUUCCUCCAAACAUUUCUCAAGGACUGACCUCUCCUCUGUGUCAACACUUGUGUCAGGAUGACACUGAGUUACUGUUUCCUUCAGUGCAACUGCGUCUCCUCUCUUUCAAUGAGUUGCCUGAGAGAGGCUGAAUGGAGACAUAGUAAAAGAGGUUUGGUUGUGGCUGAUCAGUCACACAUGAAUACUGAGUGUGAUAGUGAACAGACUACCAGUGUGAUGACUGUAGCAUAUAAUUAUAGACCCUGUUAGUGUUGGUAAAUACUGGGAUGUUUUUUUUUUUUUGUCACUUCAAUGGAUGAUUUGACAGGACUAUCAAUUGUGUAGUGGUCGUACAUUUAACAGACAAAACAAACAAAAUUGCAUAUAGUAGGGAUGUUGCUAUACACUAGUGUUGGCAGUAACCAUCUUUGUUCAGAUAUUAAUUAUUGAUUGCAUGCUUACAGUUUUUCUCAAUUUGCUAAAUCACAUUUUGACAUCCACCACACUUUUCUCAACACUAUUAGCACAAAAGCCAAUUUUCAAACUACAUAAACCAAACCUUUGACUCGUCCUGCAAAACCAUACAGUGUUGUCAGAUCAUACCCGGAGUCAAUUAAAAUUAAAAACACUACUGAACAGUUAUUAUACACUACAUAAACAAUGGGAAACACAAUGCCCAGGACAUGAAGCUGUAGAAAUUAUUGUUCUCAGUAGAAUUUAGAAAAAAGAAAAAUAAUCCUCUGUGAAUGUCUCCCCCGUAUACAGUAAAAAUAAUCACAACUAUAAAUGAGAAGCACAUUAUAGUGUGAACCACAAUAUCAAACUCAGGUGUUUACAGCAUCUACAAUCAUUCAGCCACAGCAUCAUGUCUUCAUGCUGGAUCAGGCCACAGGACUUCAUCCACAUCACAGACCACAUUGUCCCAGGCCUGGUAACGGGGAAAAACCCUCUCUGAACUAGUUUAUAUUGGUUUCUUCACAUUAUUAGCCACAUGUGUGAUCAAUUUUGAGUUGUUGUUUUAGUAACUUAGAAAUACUGUAAAAUAAGCAAAAGGUAAAACCUUGACUUCAUAGUUGAGGUCCUUAAAACAAGGGCCAUAAACAGAGGAGAGUUAAAGAAACAGCCACAGACUACCUGUGAACUGGUUUGAAGUAGCUUUCUAAAAGAUGAUUGGACACUUUCAUUAUUGUUUGUAGAUUUCAGCUCAACAUUGGAGCCUGUCUCCUUUCUCUUAACUAUUUUCAUUCAGUUCCCUGAUUUAUGAUAUACCAUAAGUAGUUUAUAUAUCAAAAUAAAAGCAUGUUUUUACAAUGAGGAAUUAAAGCAACCUAAACAGAAGACAGAACAAAUGUCAAAAGGAAAACAUGACAAACAAUUGGUUAGACUAGAAGUUUCUAUUACACAGCCAGUGAUGGCAAUAAAUCAUACAUCUAAACAUAAUAUUUUGAUUGAAGUUUCCCAUUAAUAUGGUUAUUGUUUGCAUGGUCCACGUUCAUUCAUAAAUCGGAUCACUAUAUUUGUCCAAAGUUGCCAUGUUUCCAUACAACGAAAGCUUGUCCUGUGUUUCUGCUGAGCCUCACAGACACUGGAUUGAUCCUUUUACCUUACAAUUUGGGAUGAUUCAGGUCGGUUUAUGCUGUAAACUGUAUUUAAGCAGUGUUUGUUGUAAAACCAACACUUCAAUGAAAGCGAAACAAGCGCGAGAUAUAAUUUUUACAUUGAGAGUCAUGCACUGUCUGUGGUAUGUUCAGGGCAGCCUCAGAUAAAAGAGUGCUGUAUUUCACACACAAAUGUUCAGAGAGCCUCAUACUGAAGAGCAUGUAAAACAUAUGAGGACUUCACCACUGAUAUUUGGAUGAGCAAUUUAAUCACAAAUACUCUCACUAUACUUUCACUAAGUAACCCCAAAAAUGUGAGGGGUGUGUCGCAAAAAUCUCCCAGGUUUUAUAACCCAAAUGUUGGCAGGUAUGACCUAGCAUCCUAGCAAAAAACCCUUCACCAUGGUUUGAUGCAUAAGCUACAUCAUGUAAGGACAUUUAACACUCCUACUACCUUGUGGUGGCAGGUUGUGUUUCCCUCCAGUUCAUUUAACAACCAUCGUAUCAUCCAGAUAUGUGCCUCAAAUGGGCCUAUCAACACAUCACACCACUGGAGACCAUGAACUUCUUUUGUGGCCAGAAAAAGUCGACUGUUUUUCUAAAAUUUCAGUCAUGACGACAUGACAGUGACACCCAAUAUGCAGUCAUAAGUUGAAGACUAUAAGAGUCAUAAUUUUUUUUUUAAGCUACAGACAUUAUUUUCUUUCUUGUCUUUUUUCCCCCUGUACCAUUUUUUGGAAGCAUGUAAAAAAAGCAAACAUGUUAACGUGGUAAUAAAAGCCACAGAUUCAGGGUUGAAAACAUGCCAAGAGUUUUUCAGCUGUUUGUUGUGCAUGUGUUAUACAAAUUUGUGGCAAAAUUAGUUUCAGGAGUAAAGCUUCAUGCAGUUUGAAACAGACAUUUAAAUUUCCUUUCCUGCAUGACUUCCAAGUUACAAGCUACAAGUUUCCUGCUCAAAUGUUGACCCUGUUUUUGCAUGCACACAGACAAGUCAAUCAGAAUUUAGCACAAUGCAGUUACACAGUUAAAAUUUGCCGAAACCUUUGUUUUAUCCUUUACUAUGAUAUCAUUGAUAUUGUUUGAAGGUUGUUCACCUCACUGUAAUAAUAAUUCACAGCAUAUACUCACUGUAUAUUUGACUGAGAGUAUAUGCCUCUCUCUGCUUGCAGUUCAGGCCACAGAACAACCACAGCAAGUUUCUGCCUAUGUUAAGAUUUAGGACCGCAGCCAAAUUUGUAACCUUCAUUACCAUCAAGGGUUAUGCUUUUUGGUUAACUGAUUGUGCUUUGUUGACAGAGCUUUCUGAAGCAGCUAAGGGCUAUACUGCUACAGUGAUACUUUCAUUCUAUACUUUGUUGUGCAAAAGCAGCAGUAAUGAUUUUAAGUCAGUGCUUAUGUAAUGUAUAAAAAACUUGCAUCCAAACAGUCACCUUUCAUCAGCUAAAGAAAUAGGACUGGUAUAUCAGCCAUGUUUAGAAAUCCCAGUUUAAGUUCUCUCAAGGCUCACUAAGCCACCACCACCCUGCUCUAUAUCUGCUCUGUGAUAGGGGUGUGUACAGUUUAGUUCCUUUUCAUAAAACCACACUUUGACACCUUUUCCCCAAAUCUAUUAUGCUGCUCUUGAAUUAUCAAAAAAAGGAAGUGCUAAAACCACAAAAGAGUCGUCAUGCUCUUCAAAACACACAAUGUUGCAUUUUCACAUGGUACUCUUGCGCAUAAACUGAACUGAAAGUACAGUGACUCAUUCCUAUUUGAUUUUGUUGUCCUUUUUUUGUGAAGUAGUAAAUAGAUUUUGAAGUCCUUCAGGAAAGCACUCUUAUUCUUUGACAUGUGACUGUUUCACCAUUUUUAACACUGGCUGAAAAAAAUAGAUAAUAUGAUUUGAUAGAAAAUGUAACUCUUUACAGAUGAUAUAUUUAGGAAAUACAUGCCCAGUGUAGGACAUAAAUACUGAGUCUCAUUGAUGUUACCCAUUGGUUUUUAAGGUAAAAUUGUGACGUCAAAAGAUAAUGGACACAAAACUGGACAUGCUUACCCCAGCUAAGAGGCUGUUUACACAAAAAUGUAUUCAAUCAAAAAUAAUAAACAACCGAAAACGUUUGUAUACCUGCAGAGAUGCAAAGGAGAGAAGUUAAUCGACACACAAAACAACUCUGGCAGAUUGUUUUCUUUAUUUAAUUUCCAAAAUGUAGGUUGAGUCAUCAGAAAAAGCAGUAUGCACACGAAUAAUAAUGAAAUACCAGGCUUGUUGUUCCUCAUUGUCAGAUUUCUUAUGCCCUUACCCGGCAAAGAUGGUAAACACAGAGACAGUAAAUAGACAGUAAAUCAGAUUGUGUGUUGAAAGAAGAGUUGAAAGAAGAGUGCAGAGCAUAGGUGCACCCCUUCCCCUCAAACAGCUUAUACCUUUCCUUCAUCCUAAGCAGCUCAGACCAAUGUGAAACAAACUUUUGAAGCAUGAGGAAGUUUCAGCUCUUUCUGUGUCUUAAACAUGUUGCAUAACAGUGGUACAAACUGGAAAGCAGGGAGAGGAGCAGGAGGACAGAGGAGAGCAGGGAGAGGAGCAGGAGGAGAGAGGAAAGCAGGGAGAGGAGCAGGAGGAGGGAGGAGAACAGGGAGAGGAGCAGGAGAAAGGAGAGCAGGGAGAGGAGCAGGAGGAGAGAGGAGAGCAGGGAGAGGUGCAGGAAGCAGGCAUGUGAAUUCAUGUGUACCUGAAAAUCCAAGUAGCAGAAUGAAAGAGAGGCUGUUGCGAUCACAAGUCAUGAGUGAUCACAAGCCAGCAACUGCAGGGCUAAAAAGUGAGAGCCAUCAUUCUAAAUCACAAUAAAAUUUAAGCCCAAAAUAACCCAAAUAAAGCCAAAGCUUUUAAAGUUGAGUGAAUAAUUGAUGCAUAGUCCCUCUCACUAGUUGUAGAUGUGGCUAUGAAAAAAGCUUAACGUCCAGCUAAACAGACAGUUAAGCUUUAAGUUUUAAAGAGGUUUUAAAUUGCUUAAAUAUAUGUGAUGCAGAUGUGAAUUCCCUGGUAAUCCAUUUUCACAGCUAUGACAUAAAUAUCAAUUAAAAUAAUGGUGAUUAAGAGAUGGCCUCUAUUUUUGGUCUUGCUCUUUGUCUUCUCUCUCUUCUUUCUCUUCUGCAGUUUGACACCUCUCACACAUACUCUUCAUUCUCUGCCUCUCAGGUUGUCUCCAGCUAUCUUUCAUAUCAACUUUCAGCUCACUCGUAUGCGCAGUGCUGCACUAUAGUGGUUUCAUAACCAGGUGUAAACUGUGUUACAACUGUGUUUCAUCUCUGACACCUGUGGUUGCUCGUCUCAAGUGUAUCCCAGUGCAUAAUAUAGGUGUGUUUGAGAAAGUGAGAAUGUUGUCAGUGUUUAGCAAAAAGAAUCUGCCAAGUGUCUGUGGAUAUAAUCAUUGAAAGCUUUGACAAAAUAAGUGAUCAAUUCAAUGAAUGGGUUUGGGCCUCUGACCACUUGGCUCAGAGAAAAGGAUUUGUGUGUUAGUGGGUUUGAAAAACUAACUUGAUUUCUGUCAUCAGUGAGGCGAGGAAUGAGAAUCUGCAGCUCAGUUGCCUUUUUUAAUUCAUACUUGCUCACAUAACAAGAGGAUGUUGCUACGCGGCGUGUUGAAAAGCGUUCUCGUCUGUUUGUGUUUGCUUACCAGUUAAUGUCACUGUGCUUGUCAAAGGCUUGAGCCUGUCUCUGAUAUCAAAUGUGUUUCAGUGUAGGUUGAUAUAAAUAGCCAGCUGACCCCCUCAGACUGUGCAGCCAGACAGUAAUCUCUCUCUUACUUUUUGUCUGUCUACUCAUUCUGCUGAUGAUAGAACCACAACAGCUCCAUUUCCCCUCAAAGAUCAGCCUCUGCAUUUUGAGGCAUAUUCUCCCUGUUGCACACACACACACACACACACACACACAUACACACACACACACACACACACACACACACACACACACACACACACACACACACACACACACACACACACACAGCAGUGUUUAGUUCACCCUCACAGUCUGAGGUGAAGUCUGCUGUGGAUGGAAAUGAAAGCAACUCUGCAUUUCUGUCACGUAUGUGUGGUUGUCUGAGAAAAAAAAAAAAAACAUGCAAGAGUUGACAGACAACUUUCUUUCACAUUUCUGUCUCCUGGGAACACUUGUCAGACUAAAAGCAGUCCACAUCCCAAUGUUACCUUCAUAUGUGGAGUGAAAUAAAAAGAAGAAGGAGAAGCUAGAAUGUUGGUGUGUUCAUGCUUGUGCUUGUGUCAGUUGAAGGGAAAGACUGUUUCCAUUGAUAACAGCGCAGAAAGGUCCCUGUGUGUAUUUUGGGUCUCAACCCAUUUGUAUUCAUUGAUAAGAGAGUGCAGAUAACAGCACAGACAUGUGGAUAAUAAUGGUGUCAUUACAAAAACCUUUAUGUCAAACCUUUGCAAACUCAAGAUAAGGAUUUCUUGUUUUAUGUAGGAUGUGUGGGUUUCAUAAGUCAUGUCAAAUAUAAGCUUGUGUUAAAGAAAUCUGCCUUUUGUGGUUGCAGAACUGCUUCACAUGCUCACAGUUCUUCUAUUUACCCAUUCAUAGGUUUCACACAGGCAGUGUUUGUGUUUCACUGACUGUUUCCCCUCCUUUGCAGACAUAAACUUUAUGUUUGUUCCUCUUUCUUUAACUGCAUUUCACUUUCCUUUGUAGUUGUUACAAGCAGUUGUGAGCAAUGGAGCCUCGACUGACAGAAAAUCUGAUGGUUGCCUUCGUCCUGAUCACCCUGUACUCCGCAGGUGAGACAAGCCCAAGAAAACAGCAAAUAUCUUUAUCAUGAGGCUCUUUAAGCUGCACUGAACCCAUUAGGGUUUCAUUACACCUUAGUCCUCAUCUUACUCACUGUGUUUUAUUAUACAUUUCACUGUUCCUUCUGCCCUGUCAUAAUACGUCCUUUGGUUGGUGGUUUUAAAAGCCUUGUAUCAAUCUAUUUUCUGCUUUAUUUUCUGCCAUCUUUAUUUCUUUUGUGAUUGAGUCAGUGUUACAGGAGUUGAGGUUUACCCUGAAUUGUAAAGGUAAGGUUUAUGCAGUAAAACUUGCAACAAUCUGAUCACAAAGCUAGACGGUUACACUGCAGGAACUCUAAUCUUCACAAGUGUUUCUGUCUUAUUUCUAAUAAAAAGUGUUUUUUUGGGCUUCAUUUGAGCCCAAAUCAGCAAACAAGUUAGAAAAAAUGUCUUAUUUUAAGGUAUUGAAUGCCACAAAUCUGAACUCCUAAUGAGACACUUUUUACUGUCAGUAAGACUAAAAUAAUUUGAUUGAGGUUUUUGCAGAGAAUACCAUAUUUCCUUUGUUGAAAUAGAUGAUGUGUUGAGAUUUUUAGACUUCUAGUAAGUGUAUGAAAACUGUUUUCCACACAAAGAUGAUAUCAGUACAUUUCAAGUACAUUUCUGGCCACCCGAGUUUAUGCACCAAUCAACAUCACAAUAUUACAGACUUAGCCACCAUUUACAAUCAAUGAUUUUGAGGAUGUCUUGUCACUCUGCCACUCAGGUUUGAUAACCUUCAAAUCAAACUCUCUUCAUAUGUCGUUCUUCUGCACUAUCCAAGUUUUGGAUUGCUGCAAAACCCUACAUGAUAAACGUUUUCUUGUCUUGUUGGAUCACAUGUAAGGUGCAUCUGUAAAGUAUUCACAGUGCUACAAUUUUUUCACACCACAGGUGCAGCAUCAUUCUGUGGGAAACACUGACACCCCAAAAUCACUUGCACCUAAUUUCAAACCACGAUAAUUUCUUUGUCGAUAGAUAAAUAACUGUGGUUUUUGCCUUAUAUUGUGUCACACCAAAUAUCAUUGUUAUUGUUAAGUUGUGUGCAGUAGCCUAAAGUGCUUUUUAAAUUACACAAAGUGUAUUUUGCAAACAAGGCAAUUAAACUUGCCAUCAGUGCAGUUUCACUUGUACCAAAAUCAGUCUGAGGUUCAGCUGAUCUGGAUAUGUGGGCUCCAGUGACAACCGGUACGACAUUUCAGGCGCUUGUCUGUCUUGCUUUUGUCCUUACAACAAAUUACAUAUGUGAGUUCAGUGUCACACAUACAGUAGAGCUCUGUUUUGGUGCAGUGACCCAUAAACCUUCAAGAGCUCAAUACAAAAAAAAAAACAAAAAAAAAAACAGAAAAUCUUUCAACAAGCUGACUUCCCUCAUAUUAAGAAAGUUAUACUGAGUCAGAGUUGGAUAAAACCAUUUUUGUAUUGCACCUGUGUGUAUAUGUAAUGUGGGAAACUCUUUGUGUGAAACUCUCAUGUUUGUUUCUGUUUCAUUGGCUAAUAAAAAGAGAAGAAGAACUUUAUUUAUCCCUGAGGGGAAAUUCAGUUAAUUUAUGUGAUUUAGAAAAGAAACAAAAGCAAACAUAAAGACAUUACAGUUUAAUGUGGGCCUUCUUCUUUCUCCUUCAGGUUCAGCUGUAACCUACGAGGACUGGAACUUUUGUGGGACAUGGCAGCAUGGCAGUGGCCCCUUGAAACUAAACCUCAACCUCUCCACAGGCUGUGACAGGAUUGUAAUCUCAGCCGACAGAAACUCUAUGUCCAUUGAUGGACGGAUCACCUCUGUGUGUAGCCAAGUCAAAGAACUCCCACUCAGUGAGAAUGUGUCAAAGCUGGAGAGCCACUUCUGUCUGUACUGGGAGCCCCUGCAGGACCAUCUCCGGCUUCAGGUAAACCAGGGAGAAAGGAACAAGUGAAUAUGGUGUUUUGAAAAAAAAAUAUAUAUAUAUAGGUGCAUCUAAAAAAAAUUUGAAUAUCCUGAAAAAGUUCUGUAUUGCAAACAGCUCAUGAAAAUAAAAAAUAAAAAAUAGCUAAAAUUUUUAACUCAAAUUUAUCUCAAAACAUUACAAUAUUACAAAACACCAAUCCAACGAAGGGAUUUAUAAUUAUUUUGAAUUUGAUUAUAGUAAUUUAUCAUACAGACAUGUUGACCUUCAGUUAGACACACAGUUCUUUCUUUUCACGCCAAACUUAGAAGAGCAAUUUUCAGUACAUAUGGUUACAGGUGUGAAAACCAAACUUACAUCUUUACACCUUUACACCUUUCUUUAAAGCAUCCCCUCUAACAGCAACGUGUCAUACUGACAUGUUUGUAUGUGAUCUCUGUCACAGUCUUAGUUUUUUUGUAUUUGUCCGACAGUUCAGGGGAAAGUACAUCUCUCUGUGCCCACCUGACCGACUGCCUGAUCACACCUGCUGCAGCCAUCUAUCAAACGGCUUCAAAGCACCUGAAGCACCAUUUGGGAUCAUCAAUGGAGGGGUCAUGGGUGAUGUCAUCAGUAGAAAAAUACAUACGGACUACAAGUUCAAUGGGACUCCCAUCGCCUGCAGUAAGAGAGACUGAAAGUUAUCAGAACAGUUUUUCAUUGUUUUUUAACAUGUAACUUUUGUUAUGUCCUGAUUAAAGAUUUAGGUGACCUUCCUUUCUUUUGUUCAGUCUAUUAUGUGAAGCAUAGACUUUUCCUAUGAAAUUUUAAAGUCUCAAAGUUCUCUUCUUUAUUUUUGCAGAAUUGUCACAAGCUGAACUGAACCAGGGAAGCCAGAAUGACAUAAAACCCGCCAAAGUCGACACGUAAUUUCUCCUUCCUUUUUUCUCAUGCAUAUUUGCUACAGAAGAAUUACAGCAGGGUGUUUUGUCUUGUAUGUUGUUUUCUUAAUUGCUAGGCUUGUUGUGAAGUUUUGUGUGAUUAACAUUGACAACACACAGGAAGUUGAGCCUCCCACACUAACCCAGCCCUCACAGUCCUUGCUGAUGUCAGAUGAGCAGAGUGUGUGAAUCUUUUAGGGCUGGAGAUGGUGCAGAAAUAAGAAGCAGGCUCUCAACCUUAUGACAUUAGAGGUGUCACUGAAAAGACACAUAAAGAAAGACAGCCACACCUCCUGUCAGUGUGGCGGUUGAGUUACCAUGCCUCAAGUCUAAGUGAAGUCUGGAAUCUUCUGUGUUUUGGGUCACCACAGACGAAACCAAGACAGGUCCAAUUCAAGCUCCUAUAAUCUGUAAAUUAUCAUCACAAACAACAUUACCCUUUAACUCCAAACUAUUCUGGACCAACUUUCCUGAAGGAAAGAGACACAUUUCUUGUAAAUGUGCUCCACACUUCUCUUAAUGAAACACAUGCUGUGCAGUGGCGAUUGCUCUUAGACUGCAAGGGAAGCUCAGCUUCCCUUAAAAUGUCACUCCACCGAAAAAAGAAAAAGUGGUGAAAUACGUACUGCUGUGUGUACAUUUCAUUAACUAAAUACGCGCUAGAAAGCCUUCAUCUUUUGUUCAGAAUCAGCUUCUUAUCACACUGUGAUAAGAACAAGUUGUCAGAUCUCUGUCUAAAUUUCAGCUUAUCCCAAUCUUUUCCCUGAAAGUUCAAUGAAAGCAAAAGCACAGUUUGUGGUGUCUCUUUACCUCUGCAGGAACUGUGGCUGAACACCAGGGCACAUGAACGUCCAUACAGUCCAUUAUUUGGGUCCUGUCAUAAACAUUAAAACAGUCUUUAUCUGUAAGAUUUGUUGAAUCCUCCUUCAUCCUCUCGAGUCCUCCUGCAGUUAAUGCUUCAGUUUGUAAUUGUGUAAUAAUAUCACAGUACUUAUUUACUUCAGCAAGCAACUGAAGUGAGAAAUUUUUAUCAUAAACUUUGAAGGAGUCUCACAGUUCUGUCUGCAGUUAUGCGGACUACCCGAAAAGGCCCAGGUAUGUGUUGAAAAGUGAACAUCAGAGUCCUCAUCACUUGAGAGUUUUACUAUUGGACAGUGUUUCGUCUUCAAACACUUAUCAUGGAGAGCAGGUCAUCGUCCUUUCAGUAGUAGAGGCUGGGCUUUCACAGGGUCAAAAACAGGUCUGCUUCUGCAACCACAUUUAGUUUAUACAUGGUAACGUACUCUGUGUCCUCAUAUGUGUGUGCAGGACUGAAGACACAAGUAAAGGGAACACCACUGAGGUCCAGAUGGAGAAGGUGGUUAAAGACGGUGGACGCACUGUUGAGGUGGAGAUGGGAGACCGUUUCAGAGGAAUCAACAUUACCAGUGUGAGACACAAACAGACACAAUCUGAAAAUAAAUAAAACAAAUGUAAAAGCUGCUUUAUGUUCUUAUUGAAAAAGAAACCGCACUAUGCUGGAACAUUUCAUGUAUAAGGUCCUUGAGCAGCUGUUUGGGGAAUUUUUAACACUUAUCAGCAAGCAGUUUCCUUUUUAGCACUGCAAAUUCUCAAAGUGAAUUGUUUUAGAAUUUUCCUGAAGUCUUAAAAUCUGUUCAUCCAAGAGAUUAAGCUCAAAUUUAGUUUUUGACUUUGCAAAAUGUGCUGGUCAAAACAUAUUUUGCUUUGAAUCUGCUUUUGAGGAUAUUUCAGUUUGUGUUAGUUGUGGUGCUCCUGGUGCACAAAGUCAAACCUCUUAUCUCUCCUCCUGUCUAUGUGAAAGCAGACCAAAACUACAUCCUGCUUUUAUAACAGUGAAAAUCAUUACCCUCUGUGAUUAUUUAAAGUCGUGACACCUACUCGAGCCACUGGAUUUCUAACUAUUACAGCCAGCUCCUGCUGCUGAGGAUUUACAGAGUUAAAGGCAGGAGUUUGAUUCCAAUGAAUGAAUAAAUAAAUAAAUAAAUUAAUAAAUAUCAACCUAAACAAAUUCAAUUCAGUUCCCUGGGCAUUGUGCUGCCAGUCCAUAAAAACAGUGCUCAAAGACAGAUUGAUUCACAAUUUCAGCUCAUGCAAUGAUGACAGAAAACACUCCACCUCAAAACUGACUUCAAAGAGUGGCUGUAGACUGUGUGAUAGCAGCACAGAGACUUUUAUUUAGUCUAACCAUGGUAGGGGAAAUGAAAAUGCAGCAAAACAUCUCCUCGAUAGGAAGUUGUGGGCACUGUGGUCUGGCUCUCCCUCCGUUCUUUGUCACCAGGUGUUACCUGCCUGUAAAACCUUGAGCAUGGUGGCGUCCUUUCUGAGUGUCUGCUGUACAGAUCUGAGUACCCAGCUCUCCUCUCUUCCCUGAAAUCUGUGUGCAUUUAGUGAAUGUGUGCUGAUGUCCUAAGGCCUAUGCCCACUGUGCUGAUGAUAAUAACCCAUGUGCACUUGCACCAUCAGUCAGUGAAGUGUUUUGGCAGGUUUGAAGGUUUUAAUGUCAGAUCAUUACACUGAGACUAAAUAUAAAGCAUUUGAUACAAUUGACUUACAUUAUGCAAACUUUUUCACAGCUAGAGCAUCAGAUACACUAAGAAAUGAGCCACAUAUAAAUAUGUGUGUGCGUGCGCGCGUACAUGCCCGUGAGUGUGUGUGUGUUAGCUGUACUUCUUAUAAAACCAAUAACUAAGGCGUUGGAACAGUUUUCUGUGAUGUCUUAUUGGCUAGAAUAAGCCAGACCUAAGAGGUAAAUUCACAAUAAUCAACCAUUAACUGGUCCAUUAACUGGUUUUAUAAGAAAGAUUCAGCAUAAGAAAGUUUUAAAAACAGCUCAAGACAAAACAUGAGUUUUAAAAAAGAACAACAAAGAAAAGCAUUCUUCCUAAUCACCACAGAUGUACCUGAUCUGAGUGUGUGUUGGAAACCAGAACUUUUGGACAUUUGUUGCAACUAAGUCCAUUUUUUUUUCAUCUUGGUUUGUUACUAUUAAGAUAUCUGAGUAGGCUGGCGCGUGUUCAAAGUGAGUCGGCCAAGACUCACCCAGGCCCAUUCAGAGCUACUCUGCUCAUUGGAGAUAGAGCUCUCCCACUGACUUUUCAUUGGUCUUUGGUUGUAAAGCAUAACGAAAAGACAUAUGACAAAACAAAUAACAGUAAAGAAGGAUUGUGAAUUAGAGAGCAGGAAUACUGCCAAAAACAAAAGAAAGAAGAGAAAGAUUGACAGCCAGCAUGCAGUAAAAUAAGCUGCCAUCCAUCCAUUACAUUAAAUCAUAUGGCCUGAGCAUUAUCACAAGUGGCAGUCCAUCUAUUAAAUAGGGACUAACAGAUUUCCUGGAAAAUGUGAUAUCUAUUGGUCAGCUUAAUGUGCAGUGUCUGUGGAGCAUGUCCAUAAGAUCUAGGAAUAGAGGGCCGGUCUCAGACAUCUUCUUUGAAAGGAUAAAAAAGAUUAAUAAAAUAAGAUUAGUAUUUAUUGAUAGCAUGGAUCCAGGGGGUUAAUUUUGUUGACAGCCUUGGAUAUGUGAUCAAAAAGAAGUUUGUCUGUACUCUCAAAGCAGGUAACAAAACAGAACCAUAAGAGGGCACAAAUACAAGCAUGUAACACAGAAGCAUGAUAAACAAAAUACAUUCCUCUCCACAAAAGCUCCAGUUUGUAGUCUGUUUCACUCUUAGUACUCUUGUGUCUCCAUUUUCAGUCAGCGGUUCACUUUUCUCUAUAUUUUAAGCCUGUAAAUGAGUAACCGUGUUAACAUCUUCAUUAAGUUGAGGGUGGUGGUGACUAAGUUGAGAAAAUAGGUGAGAGGUGAACCACAUGAAAGCAAAUGAUAGCAGCAUAUUUACAGACAAGUAGAGAACACAUUUUGAAAGCUGAUAUUUUCCCUCCAGAGCAUACUAAAAUAGGACAAACUGUGUCAGAACCCAGCAAUCCAUGUUCAGAUCUACUAAUAACAGCUGUGUAAAUAGGGAGGUUGUGAUGCUGCUGCACACACACAAGCAAAGCAGCCUUAUGAUCCAAGAGAGGCUUUAAAUCAAGUCUGAAAAUCAGAAACCAUUUUGAGUCCAUAUGCACCAUUUGAUUGAAUAAUCAUGACUUGAUUUUUGGCAUGUAUUGACAUGUCUCUGUUCAUGUUUAGCAGAGUUUUUGACUUUUUGUAUAAAUUUUGUUUCAGAAUACCAAAGGUAUAUCUGCAGAGAUCACUACCACUGUCCAGAUCCCUUCAGCUCUAAAAAAUGCAACACAAUCCACCAACAAAGUAGUCUGCACUUUCCAUGAAGACAAAUCUAUGUUUCAGGUGAGGCUCGGUUCACAUUUUUGAUGCAGUGUUGCUCUUGACAGGGACACCAUAACGCUUCAGCUUGUCUCUGUUAGUACAGUUUUUUUUUUUUUGUCUUAUUAGGGAUGUAAAAAAUGUGUGUGUGUGUGCGUGUACAUGUGCGCACUGUAUGUGUGUGUGUGUUUCAGAAGGAUCAGGAGGGUGAGCUUCUGAAUGUGGUGGAAAUCACGGUCGGAAAUGACACCAUCGAAAACCUCUCUGAGCCAAUCAAGAUUGGUUUUCACCAUAAUCUCAUCCCAGUAAGUUUGCCAUCCUUUGUCAGUGUGAUCUGUUUUCACUUGAUUGUGUCUUUUCAAUAUUUUUGAACUCUUUUAUGAAAAUAAUUUGAAAUAUACUUCAGAGGACCAGUAAUAGAUACCAAAAAGGAGUUGAUAUAAGUUUUCCCUUCAUCUUUUUUCCACUGUGGCAUGUCACCUAAUCACCAAGUUGCCUAGUAUUGUUGUGAAAGUAAAAUCAAAGUUCCAAAAAUAAGUCCAGAGUUUACUGAAGUAUAUUAAUUCAUAUAUUUUAAUUUAAAAAAAAUCAAAAUCAGUUCUUUCACAUUGAUUUAUGGGCUUUCCAUACCUGAAAUAGCUCCUUAACCUUUUGGAGUUUAGACCAAACAUUAUUUAUAAAGUCUAAUCAUAAAUAAGAAAACUCUGGAGGAUAUUAGAACCAUCUCAAAACUUCUUGAGCAAAUUUUAAGAACAAAUUUGGUCUGAAGAUCAGUCAGUGAAUGAUGCCCAAUUGGAUCAAAUGUUCUUUUGUUGCUGAAACAUGCACACUGAAUAAUUCAAAUAACCCAGCCUCUUACUUGUGGUUUGCAGCGGAUGAUGUUUUAUGAACAAACAGCAUCUAGUAACUUCCAUGACGUGAUUCAAGCUGUGACCCACGUCACAAAAACCACCAAAAGUCUUGAAGGGGUGGUUUAGACACUUAAAAAGACCCUGAAACUUUGUCCAUGUUUAGAACUUUGUUACCCCAAAUAUGAAAUGAUAACAGCUAAACUCUUGCUCUUCUCUUCAUUUCAGAAAAAACAUUCAAGGAAAUGUGUUUCAUGGGACACAAAAAAAGGUUGGGACCCUUAAGAAAAGAAAGACUUGUAUCAACAGCAGUGCUGAUUACACAUUAACAUCCAACUUUCACACUUGUAAGAGUUAAGACUGUAUUUUUAUUUUGAAGAUGAAUCGGUGAAUUGGGUGAUGGACGGAUGUGAGACCCGGGAGAAUGGAACAAAUUACACAGAGUGCCUCUGUAACCACCUGACGUACUUCGCUGUGCUUGUGGUGAGACAUGCAGCCCUUACACUGCUAUUUGACCAAGAAAAAAGGAAGGAAGGAAUAAAGUUAUAUGGUUUACAGGAUGUUUUUAACAUUUUUGCACAGAAAGCAUGGCAAGGCUUUACAUAACACAUUUGGAACAUAAAAGCAAUAUUUAAAGUGUUUUAAUAGGUAAGAGAAGUUAACAUGAAACUACAUUUAAAACAGUAAGCGUUAAAAACUGAAUGAGGUCACUCCAGAAACAUUUAAUCAAAUUUCUGAAGUCAGACAAUAAAAUAAAAUAUGUAAAUCUGUGUCAGCUCUGCAGGUUACAUUGAAAUGCAGGUAGAAAGUCUAACACAUAACGGAGACACAUGGGUUGUAGAAGCAAAGAAACAUAGUAACUCUCUUGUUUUAUCUCUGUUAGCAACUGAGACCUGGUCUCCCAGUGCGCCACCUUCUGGCUCUGACUGCAAUUUCAUCUCUAGGCUCUGCUGUGUCUGUGGUCAGCUGCAUUGCUCUCAUCAUUUUCCUUUGCAGGAAAUGGUAAGGCCGUUUUUGGAAGGCUAAUUUUGAUUAAUGUUUAGAUGCAUCUUUUCUUUCAAUUUUUUCAUUUACCUAUUUUCACUCUCUCUCCAGUAAGCGCUCCAAGGAGCAGUCCAUGCCGAUCCACCUUGGCUUGGCUGGUUCUCUCCUCCUCCUCUACCUGCUCUUCUUCCUGACUGGGAUCCUGGCCAAUGUGGUAAGGAACAGUGGCGGGCCGUACAAUUUAUGCCGCCUAGGCCUUCAGUGUUGUUCCACUUUGUCCUACCUAAAUUAAUACACCUCAUAAUGUCAUCAAUAUGACACCAUGGCUUGAGAAUCCAUCAGAAUCAUACUUACACAUUACAUCACCCUUAUAUAGGCUAGUCGAGCAGCACUUAAUUUCCAGAGCAUUUAAAACCAAUAAGCACACAUUCACAGUUAAGAGUAGGAAACUAAGAUCACAGAUACUGUCAAAACUCAAAAAUAAAAGGCGAUUUGAAGAUAUUAGUCAACAAAAGGCCACCAAAAGUACACUCAAACAAGUUUGUCCAAUGAAUUGCACAUUGUCGCUAUUUCAUAUUUAAGACACCAAAAAGACAAUAACAAAACAAACUAUUCAUUGAAAAUAAAGUAAACAGUUUUUUUGCAUUUGUUUUUGAGAAUAUGCAACAGCAAAACAAUAGGACAUGAUGGCGCAGCUGUGACUGAUGUGACUUCAAAAAUCUAAUGACAGAAAAGAUAUUAAAAAUAUAAAGCUUGCACUUACCAAUAUGAAUCUCCUUCACAGUGCCUGCUUAUUUGAAGAUAAAUCCUCCAUCCUCCUUUCUUUUCUCAAGAAGACUUCAAUAGCUCUAUGGUACAGUUAAUCUGUGCAUUUCAGUCCCAUCAAUAAGUCCUUUUCUAAGAACAUGGAGGCUAAUUCUGAAAGUCAUGUCUGUCCAAUUGUGUUCCUAUACGGCCAAAUACAGCGAUAGCUGUUGGUAGCCAACGGAUCUCUGAGUUUAGUUCGAUAUUUUUCAAAGUGCCGCCUUUUAGAUUUUCACGAGUGCUUAUCCAAUCACAGGACACAAACAUGUCCAGUUCACCUUGGCCACCUUCUAGAUGGCCAUGGUGUCGCAGACUCAAGAUCUGAAUGACUAUUGCAACUGACUGUGUCUGUUCACUUAAAGCGCACAGGAGCCUGCUCUGUCGAUUCUGAAGAUUUCAUAGCACCUGACAACACAAGCUAGCUAAAAUUUGAUUGGAUAAAAAAUUGUAUCUACAAAAUCUACAACACUGGAAGCAGCUCAACCAAGUGGAUAUAAUAUGACAUAAAGAGAACAGACAAUAGGGAAUAAUUGUAUUUACAUAUUUAUGAAAAUAUAUAAAUAAAUAAAUGUACUUUUCUGACUAUGCUUAGACCAAGAGAGAAGGUCUUGCUGGCCCUGACGUAAGGAAUGAUGUGUGCACCUGGGUAGGGGCAGGCCUCCAUUACGCCCUGCUCUGCUCCCUCAGCUGGAUGGGCAUAGAAACUUUUCACACCUUCUGGUUGGUCUUCAUGGUUUUCAGCCCCUCCCCUAAGCCAUAUGUGUGGAACAUCUUUGGUUUUGGUGAGUUUGUGUGAUAAAGUGACUCAAAAAGAUCUUGAGUAAUAAACAUUGUGGGCAAAGAUUGUGAUAAUCCUUUUCUUCUUCUCCAGCUCUCCCUGCUCUUCUUGUUGGAAUCCUGGCUGCAGUUGGUGACAUUUAUGGACUGCGAGAGGUGCCUGGUGAUGAUGAAUCAGGUCCAUAUUUGAUGUAAGCCAAACUCUUUGGACUGUGAUAUUUGCAGAAAACAAAUAUCAGCAGCUAAAUCUGGUCAAUAUUUAAUCAAAUAGAAGCACUGUCCAUGAAAGACUUCUCUAACAAGGAUCGUCACUAAUGACUUUCCCUUUGGAGAUCAAUUAAGUUCUUGUGUUACAUUGUAUCUCCCUAAACAGUUCUUCAAAAAACCCACAAAAUGUCCUCAAAGAACCAUCAAAAAAUGGUUCUCGUUUCUGGGUGUGAAGACAGAGUCUUUUUGUCCUUCUAACGUGUAUCACUCUAUUUCAUAAUUAUUUUCUUCUCCUCAUUUCUCCAAAAUGUGCUCAUCCCAAAAUUAUACUGAACACACUGAAGACACAAAACUGUGUAAACACUUCCCAAAUUGCAGAGGACACUUGAAACUUCAGACUACAGUCGUCACAUGACUGUCUGUAUCUGAAACAAGCCUCAGCAUGUUGUACUGAAACUGAAUCUUUUGCAGCAUUUGUAAUCCCAACAUGUUUCUACUUUGAACAUAUCCUUUUUUAUUAUUUUGCUUACUCUCACAGACUGUAUUCUGUAUUUCCAGGUGUUGGAUGACACUCGGACCCAAAGCUAUACUUGCCCACUACUUCACCAACAUGACAAUCUUGGUCAUCCUGGUGGUCUCAGGCCUUGUGAUGCUGUUCCUGGUUUAUAGGCAGAUCCGCUCCAGGGAUGAAUGGAGGCAGAACAGGGUGGCUUUCCUCAGCAUCUGGGGCCUCAGUUGCCUCUUUGGGACAGCAUGGGUUCUGACCUUCCUGGACUUUGACCCAAUUUCUGACUUUGUACUCUUCUUGUUCUGCAUCAUCAACUCUUUUCAAGGUUUGUGUUUAUGGUAUAAUCAGUUAUUUUAAAAUAGAUGGGGAAAUCACUUAAAUGUUAAGGUUUAAUCCACACAGCAUAGUGCCCUUUUAAUAUUGAAGCACAAACAUGCCUGUAAAAGUUUUGUAACACUGUGCAGUUUGCUCUUGUUUUUGAUAUGAUUGUUGAGAAGAGCCAUCAGUAUCGCCACUCUCCGUUGCACAGAGCUGCACUGCAUAUAUAAAGAGAAAGUGUGCCAGUAUGUGCCAGACAGAGCUAGAGACAGCCAUGGACCCAUUUAGUUGCUGAUGUAAUAAAAACAGGAUAAUGUCACAAUAUUUACAAAUGUAUACUGUAAUGUAUUACUUUUAGGUCAUCUUAUAGGGUCAUCUGUCACAGUUACUGAAGGUUUUGAGCUUGACACAACUUUUGAACACUGAUGCAGUUAAGGCGAUGACAAGACAGUGCCACCAACUCACAACAGAUGGUAAAAUGUCACUCAAGCUGCACAGGUUAUUUAGAGCUGGUGUUGGUGUAUAAAAUGCUGGAUAUUAUGGGUGUGAUAUCACUAUCAGCAGAUAACAGCUGAAGGAGUUCAUUAUCAAUUUUGGCAGGUAUAAAAAUUUCUAAUCAGUCAGAAAGGUGAUGCAUGAACUAUGCGCAUGUGAUGACAUGUUUUAAGGUUUUGAAAAGAGACAGCAAGUAUAUGAUGUAAUGAAAAUAUUUUUUUAAAUCCAUUGUUAUCCAUGGAAAGUUUAAAUGCUGUUAGUCUGGUUCUAAAUCAAAAAAACUUUCAGAAAAAAGGGCAAUAGUUAAAUUAUAUUACAGAAGAAACUUUUCAGUCAUUACUAUUAAAAAAAGGUGUGCUAAUACCAGUAAAAUUAUUGGUGUGUCAGAUAUCGGCAAAUUUCCAAUAGCAUACAUUCCUGUUUGUUUGUUUUUGUUUGUUUGUUUGUUUGUUUUUUACACUGAGGUUGAUUUGCAUAGAGAAAGUCCAAUGAUGUCAGUGCUUAAGAUUCAAAUUAAGCAGAAGAUUAUUUUACGGCAGCAGAGUUUGGGGGAUUUAAUCCUUAGCAUGUGCUUUGAAAUUUUGUAAUUUGCACAUGUAUAGUGUGUGUAAAAGCUGCACAGGUCUAAUUUAAAACAGUUCCUCAGACUGCACUUUGGGUUUAAUCCAGUUAUCUUUGAAAGCACUGUGAUAAAUCAUGACAUGCUCCAUAUUUAAAAAAACUCCCAUUUUUAUUGCAACAUCCGGUGAAGGUAAACUAUAUAUAGGACAGAACAGCUUUGGACAGAGUCAUUUUCAGUGUUGCCAAAGAGAUUGUUGCUGUGCGCUUAGAGCUUGUUGUCCAUUGUAUCAGUGUGGGAAUGAGCCAUUGUUAAUCAAGGUCAUCUGUUUCUGGUCCCUGUCAGAAGAAAAGCUGUUUCCUUUCAUUUGCAGCAUGCCACAGCUUAUUUUUGAUUUAGAUCCAAAAGCUCAAUUUUUUAACCCCACUGUUGCUGCACAUUGUAGUCGAGAAGUAUAAUUUUAUUUUUAGAAACAUGCCAAUUCAAUGAAACAACUCUUCAAAUCUUUAUCUAUUGUUUGCACCUUUGUCCCCAUAUCAAUGACUGUAUUAAAUGCACAAAAAAACUAAAUCAUAAGGAAAUGGAUUGAUAUUUUAAAAAAUGCAUUUAUUAAAAAAGAUUUUUCCUGGUGAGAGAGAUUGAUGGUAUUAACAUUAUGUCAUGUCUGUCCUCAGUUAAGUUACACUGACAAAGAAAAAACAACAUCCAGAGUAAACAGAGUUAAUCUGAUCACACAUCUACAGCUCACUGUCUUACGAGGUUUAAUUAAUUUUUACAUAGAGUAACCAGUUGUGGUUUUGUAGAGGUGUGUGUGUGACAGACGAUUUCCUGCCCAGGCUGUACUGUAGCUAAGCUGACAACAUGUAAAAUACUUGUAUGGCUUAAUGAACUGGUAUCAACCUAUCUCUCUUUUGGACACUGUAAAAGUGCACAUCCAACAAUAUAAGUAUAAGUACAUAAUGAGCCUAAUAUAUGACAUUUUUAUCCUUUUAAACACAUCUGAUAAGCAGGAUCAUUGUAUGUUGUAAGGUGUACCCGUUCCCAGAGAGGUCAUCUGUCUGAUGGACUGCAUUUGUUGCGUCUAUGCAUCUAUUUUAAUUUGAAUGAUUUCUGAAUACCUUUACCAAAAGUGGCUUGUUGACAGGCUUUAUAAAGAGAUUUAUUUUAAGGGCACUAGAUCAACAGUAAACCAUGUUUGUAACAAUAAAACUGAAUGAACACAUUUUCAAAGGAAAACAGUGACUUUUCAGCAACACACUGCUAAAAAGCACUAGCAAGUAGAUGCCUAGUAAAGUCCUGAAAUUUAGUCCUGUAACUUUUGUCCCACUAAAUGGUUACAAAGUCUAAAAUGAGUAAUUAACCCUCAGCUCUGGUCUUUUUUCUAGGCUUUUUGCUGAUGCUGCGGUUCUUCAUGCUGGACUGGAUAAGGAAACAGGCUGGUGGCUCUGCAUCAGGCAGCACCAGCUCUGGAUCUACCAGACAACACAUGCUCCAGGCCCAGGAGAAGAGUUAGAGGGACUUGACAUGAAAUCAGUGCUGCCAAAGUGAAGCUGUUGAAGUCAAAUCUGUUCCUCUUCUCAAUGUUAAGGAUAAAAUGGAUGAAAGUUCCACCAGUGACUGUGACAGUGUAGACUCACUGUCUAAUCCUGGUGCUAUUUGAACUCUGUUUCUGCUCUGCAGCACUAAGUGUGCUGGUAACUCAGUAUUACUCUCUGUGUAAUAAUAAUGAUAAUAAUAAUUAUUAUUAUAAUAAUAAUGGGGAUAAUGAUGAUGAUGCUCAUACUGGUAAAGCACUUCUUAAGGUAAACUGUCUGUCCGCACUGAAUUUUUAAGGGAAACCGACUUCAACAGUCAUUCUUACGGGUACAAAUAUGGGUACAAGAUGUGUUUAUUAAUCUUUUCUUUAAGAUGAUCGACAAGUUUUCAAUCUUUGUAGUUAAUUUUUGAAAAGCUACAGAUGACACUCACAGGUAAACAAAAGGUAUCAGCAUGAAGUAAUAUCGAGACCAAGUUUAUAUGCUUUUCAGUAAAGAGGCUGAAAUCUUUCAUUACUGAAGAGUGUUUUCAGAGCAGUAGGGGAGAAAUGACACCCUCACUCAGGGACUCAUAACCAGGCCAGGAGCCUGUUUUUAUAAUGAAAUACCUAGACUGGGUCUAGUUAUAGAUGGAAAAGAGUCUAUUUGAAAUUUUACACUGUAAGCUGGGGAUACAGUCAAGCUUUAUACCCAGACAGGAUCACAAAGAGAGAGGUAAUGAUUGUGGGUAACAGUGCUGUGUUUUAUUAUGAUUAUUAUUAUUUUGAUUUAUUGAGCCCUAGAUAAGCUUUUAUUUGCCAUUUUGUACUCUGCAAGCAUUUGUUUUAGAGCUAUUACCUUGUGAAGUAGCACUUUAGACUUUUAAAAUAUACUUAUAUAACCUCAGCAAGUUGUCUGUUCUAUUGUUUAAAUGUUCUUAUUGAAGAAAUUUCAUGUAUGUACAGUUUGUAUUGUAACUGAAAGCUGAAUGUUUCAAAUGGACAACACAUUUUAUACCUGACCAAAUUUAGACCUUUUGUUAAAACAGUGAUUGUAAUUAUUGGGUUUUUUGUUUCAAAGUGGACCAAAAUGCAUCUGAAUAGUAUACCGCAACUUUAAACUGUUAAAAAGUGGUUUAAGUCAAAAUUCAAACUUCAAACUCAGUACACCACAAUUUUUCAUCUCCAGCAGAACCCACAAAACAGUUUUUUUGAUACUGUGAUAUUUGCACUCUUAUUUUCUAAAAACAAUUCAUGUCAUUUUGAUUACUGUGUAUAAAUUUGCAUUACUGUGUAUAUGUAUUGAGGAUAAAUAAAGUCUUUUUUGUUUAGAAAGUAACAGUA